AUGAAAAAAUCAUCAAGAAGUGGUAGUCUUAGUACAGGUGUUCCUGUUUCCAGUAAUACAGCUACUGUAAAUAGUAGUAACAGCAAUAACAAUAACAACAGCAACAGUAGCAACAACAAUAACAGCAGUAUUAAUGGCAGUGAUGGUGGUAAAGGUAAUAGAACUAAUAUUCAUAAUAAUCAUAAUGAUAACAGUAAUAGUAAGAAAAAUGAAAAAAAGAUGGAUAAUAAUGACCAAGACGUUAAUUCUAUGUUUAGGAGAACAGAAAUUAUUGGGAGAGGUAAAUUUGGUAUUGUUUAUAAAGGUUAUCAUAUAAAAACAAAACAUGUUUACGCUAUUAAAGUAUUGAAUCUAGAUUCAGACGAAGAUGAAGUGGAAGAUGUACAAAGAGAAGUCCAAUUCUUAUCCUCCUUGAAACAAAUCCCUAAUAUUACAAGGUAUUAUGGUUCAUAUCUGAAAAAUACAAGUCUUUGGAUCAUUAUGGAAUAUUGUGCUGGUGGUUCACUACGUUCUCUACUUCGACCUGGAAAAGUGGAUGAAAAAUAUAUUGGUGUCAUAAUGAAAGAAGUGUUAAUUGCAUUAAAAUAUAUUCAUAGAGAAAAUAUCAUCCAUAGAGACAUUAAAGCCGCUAAUAUUUUGAUCACAAACUCUGGGUCAGUCAAGUUAUGUGAUUUUGGUGUAGCUGCCCAACUGAAUCAAGCCACCUUAAGAAGACAAACCAUGGCAGGUACUCCAUAUUGGAUGGCUCCCGAAGUUAUCAUGGAAGGUGUAUAUUAUGAUACUAAAGUAGAUAUCUGGUCCUUAGGAAUUACUGCAUAUGAGAUUGCCACAGGAAACCCACCUUAUUGUGAUGUAGAAGCAAUAAGAGCAAUGCAAUUAAUUACCAAAUCUAAACCACCAAGAUUAGAAGGAAGGGAUUACAGUGCUCCAUUGAAAAAAUUUAUUGCAUUAUGUCUAGAUGAGGAUCCAAAUGAAAGAUUAGAGGCCGACGAAUUAUUGAAUUGUAAAUUUAUUAAAUUACAUAAAAAUACUCCCACAUCAAUACUAAAAGAAUUAGUGACAAGAUACCUUUUAUUUAGAGACAAACAUAAAAAUGAUAACCAAUCUGUAACACAUGCAGAUGAUAUAAAACACGGUGAUGUCAAUAUGAAUAAUAAUGAUAAUAAUAAGAAGAAUAAAAUUGAUAAAGGAGAUAAUAUAGCUAAAGAUAUAAAACAUAACAACACCAAUAUUUGUGAAUAUAUAGAUGAGGCAUCUCAGAGUAUCGAUAAUAUCAGUGUUAGAUGGGACUUCGAUUCUUUAAGUUCAACAGAUUACAUCAUUGAAAAUAAUAUUAAUAUCGAAGCUAUAUCAGAGGAAACUCCUGAUUGGCAACAUGAACAAGUUAAUUAUGCUUAUCCCGAAGAAGACCAUUAUUCAUACUAUCCAACGUCCAAUAACACCAAUAACCUUACCAACAUGGUGACCAAUAGUCAUAAAUAUGCUUAUCAAGGUACCACCAUUGGAAAAUAUAAUCCAAAUACAACCUACCAAAAUUCUACUUUUGAUGUUCCAAUAACACAUAUGAAUACUACUGGAAAUUAUCCUUCAAAAAUGAUAUUAGGAACAGGUACACAAGUUAUAUCAAAUAAAAAGGAAACAAUUGGAACAUAUAAUACUACCCUAGGUAGUAAUAGAAAACUAGAAACUAAAGCUCCUAAACAACUUUUAGAAUUAUUUGAAGACACUGAGGUUAUUCCAGAGAUAGACUCCACUCAUGAAGAAAAUAGAAGAACUAAUAAGAAUAAAUCUGUUCCUUAUUUAGAUACAUUAAACGAGGAUGUCGACCUGCAAAUAGCCAAUGAUAGUAACAACAUUGGUAACAAAAGUGUAAAUAAUAAUAAUAUAUCAACAACAACCUCUUUUAACAUUAAUAACCCACAUAAUAACUUAGUUAAUGCAAAGUCCUAUUUUACUCAAAGUGCUCCACAGCUUCCUCACUUACAAACAACCUUUACUACGCCGUCAAAUGAAUUAUCCACUACACUAAUGACUGCACCCACAUCAGUUGAAAUCGAGAUUCCUGAAGAGUUACCUGUUAGUGCUUUGCCGACACCAGUACCAAUUGAAAAUCCAUCACAUCUGCAAACAAAACCACGGUCUUCAACUGUAUCUAUCUCCCCUCUAGCUUAUCAACAACAACAACAUAUAACAUCAUCUUCCCAGGCCCCACACCAACUACAACAAUCACAUGGUUUGACAAGACGAUUAACACUGGGAGGAAUUAAUAAUGCCAGAUCUAAUGACAAUGAAACCAAUGAUAAAUCCAAAGUUGUUGGCAAAACUAUUGCUGAAGAAAUAUCUAGAUCGGCAUCUUUUGCAAAUGUUUCAAAUAUAUCAACUUCUUUAUCAAAUAGAGUUAUUGUGAAUGACAUUCCGAAGACACAUAGAAAAACACCAUCUCCAGCUAAAAUAGCAGCUUUGGCAGGUGUUUCUCCUACAAAAAAACCAGGUGUAUCACCGACGGGAAUCAAAAAUAUUAGUAAUACCGAAAAUAUUAGUGACCCAUCUAAUAGUGUAUCCAUCACGGCAAAUGUAACUAAUGUACCUGCCAUGAGACCUAUAGCAAGUGUAAAUGAGAGUAAAGAUGCAUUAUUACAUCCGGUAAACGUAAAUAAUAUAACAUCCAGUCAUUUUAAUACUACAUAUACCGAUAAUAAAUCUAUGCCAAUGACUUCACAAAGUCCUAAUAUUGAAAAAGAAACAAGUAGAAUAAAUGCAGAUUUCAAAAGAAAUAAUCCCAAUUUGAAAUUGCAGAUGCCAUUACCAAAACCUAUAAAUAAGCAUAAUUUGCUAGAUUCCAGUAAUAUACCUUCAACUGAAAGUAUUAAUCAAUUUGGUUUUAAUACAAGUGUUACUCAAAAUGCUCCUGUAUCCAUGACACCAAUUAAUGAAAAAUACAUGGAUUUCAACAAUAAACUGAAAAGAAGUCAAAGCGUCAGCAAUAGAAAAAAUUCUGCAACUAAUGAUAGUUCGUCACAAUUCUCCAGUACAAGUAAUUCAGCUUUAAAUCAGUCAGUAUCAACAAAUAUCGUCAAUAAUCAUAAUAUAUCCUCUUUUGGUAAUUCUACAAUAUCCGAUGUCGAUAAUUACCAAACUAUUAAUGGAACGAAUGAAGUUCUGGAGAAUUCAACGGCAAUAAAUGUCAAGACAGGAAAUACGAUUGAUGUAAAUGAAAAUAAUAUAGCAAGCCAGACAACUGCCAUACAUACUGAUAAUACUACCUCAUCUGCGACAGUUACAACGACGAAUUCUAAAAAUAGUAAUAUCAAUAAUGCAGUUGUGAUGGCCCCACCAUCUAGUAUGUUAAGAAUGAGUCUAUUCCAGGAUUUAGAACAAAAUAGUUCAUUUCGUAGAGUGGAUCGUAAACCUGAGAUGUUAAAGGAACUAGAUAAAUUAUUACAUUUAUUUGAAGAGAAUUUACCUGCUAUGGAAAAUGCAUUAAAACGACAACUAGUUCCCAGUACUAACACAAUAAAUCCAAUUUCUACUACUACUACUACUGCUACUACUAUUCCUAAUACGAUAAGUAUCACAAAAAGUAAUAGUGUAAUAACCCCUGAACUACAAUCAACAACUAUGCCUACUGUCACAGAAUCUAUAUCUAAUAGUGUAACUUCAUCUGUAGCUUUGACGGAAGACAUGAUAGGACGAAGUUAG